AUGUCUGCCGCCGUGCCAACCGUGGCGCCGCCAGCACAGCAAGUGCCCGAUGCAAGCGCGGCUCUUGUGGACCCCCGCCUAGUGCGCUCGCUGACGAUCAAGCGCCGCAUUGUGCAGUCUAUGGCAGACAUGCUGCGGGCGUAUUGUGCCGUUCUGCUUCUCGCCGCGCUUGUCCUUCUUGCGGGCCUCGCCGUACCUGCCUCGCCAUUUAGCAGGGGUAUAUACGUCGACGAGAAUGCACUGCAUCCAGGCCAGACCACUGCGGCAUGGGACUGGGAUCAGGUCAAGUACGCCGACACGGUAUCCGAACAACUCUUGGCGUAUGCCCAGCAAGAGAAUGACGGUGCACGGAUUGACUACAUGUGCGCUGAGCUAGCCUCUUUUGGGCUUGCACCGCACACGCAAAACUACACGUUCCACGUUCCGGGCCGCGCCAUCCAUGGUCGGAAUGUGUACGCUCGGAGCUAUACACCGCGCAUCGAUGGGCGCGAGGCCAUGGUCCUUGCCGCGCCCUGGCAUAGCCGUUGGAAAGCGCGCCCAGGCAAUGCGACGUUGCCCUACACUCCGCACGGCGCCCAACGCGCGCUCAACAUACGUGGCGUCGCUGCCGCGCUCGCGCUGGCCAAGCACUUGACGAGCAUUCCCUACUGGAGCAAGGAUCUGAUUGUGAUUCUCAGCGACGGGCACUUGGAUGGUAUGCAAGCAUGGGCAUCCUCCUACUUUGGCGCGCCGACCCCUGCGUUAUGCGCCGACGACGUGCAGGACGGCGGCGCGCAGAUAUGGAAUGCGCUCGCGCUCGACUUCCCCGGCGAGCACUACCGCCUAUGUUCUCUCCUGCACGAAGGCCGCGAUGGCCUUUUGCCCAACCUCGAUACGCUCAACACGGUCGUGGCGACGAUGGACAGUGCGUACAUGGGCGACGACGUGCGGCUCCACGGCGCGCCGGACAAGAGCAGCUGGUCGCUCGAUACGCUUGUCUCUUUUGGCAUUCCACGCGGGCCGUUGGCCAAACUCGAGCGUAGGCUGCUGGGGCGCGAUGGGCUCCAGACGUAUUUGACCCACUGGAAGGCACUGCUAGCGCAGUGGCGUCUCCAGCUGGCGGGCCAUCCCAGCGGCGUGCACGGCGUGCUGCUUCCUUUUCAUAUCGACGGCGUCACAUUGUUUGGCGAGCCUGCCGAUGGCCCGCUUGGGUUCUGGGAGAUGGGCCGCAUCAGCGAAGGCACCCUGCGCGCAUUCUCGAAUCUGAUCGAGCGCCUGCACCACUCGCAGUUCUUCUAUCUGCUCCAGUCUCCCUGGCGCUUUGUGCAGAUCGGCACGUACCUAUUUAUUCCCCUACUCGUCUCUGCAGCGCUCACACUCACGGGAUUGGCGCUGUGGAAUGCGCUGGGAACGCGCCGCGACGUGCACCGCGCCAUGCUUGUCGCGCGUCUAGCGCCAAACACACACAGCGUACGCCUCGAGCGGCCUACGUGGACAGAGACAAUGCAAAGCGCCAAGCACCUUGCUCCGCCAGUGCAGGCGGAAUUCAGCGCCGCAUUUCUCGCGCUUGCUCGCCCCGUGUGGCCUGCGAUGCUCUGCGUUGCGGUCUGUGCGCUUGGUGGCGUAGCCAGCAUGGUCAUUGCAGUACACGCACCGCUACAUUGUGCGGCAAACGGCGUGCGCCAUUGUCCAUCGGUGUGGGCGCUGAGUGCGGUGGCUAUGGCCGUGCCGCUGCUCGUCAGUGUUGGUGCGUACGCGAUGCGUGUGAGAAUGAUGCCGCUGGCGACGUGCCUGCACGCGUUUGGGCUCUUGCACACGGGAAUGGUGGCCAGUGUGCUUGCACCGCUCAACUUUGCACAGGCGUCGAGCAUGGCACUGGUCAUUGCCGUCGUUGCAUACAGCCUUGUGCCGCCGUGGGGAACGCGCUGCGAUCGUCCGGUGCGCACAGGCGCGUGUGCCUCGGUGCAUUAUGCGAUCCAUUUUGCUAUGAUGGCAGCGGCUGUGCCGAGCGUGCUGCUGCUUUUGGCCGAGCUUGGCGCGUCGCUGGGCGCUGCGCCGUACGCACUCGACCAGCUGCGGUCCGUCGUGGAAGGCGCGAUCGUGGACCACCAUGUCUUGCGCACGUCUACGUUUAUGUUUGUGUUUCUUGGGUACCUACCUGCGCUGCUAGAAUUGGCGACCGCCUGCUGUAUGUACUGGCUCACUGUGAUGGAGUAG